AUGGACUCUGUUGAGGGCUGGGGUCAAGGCAUCAAGAGGCCACCACACACAGAUGUGUCAAUGAAGGUGGUAUUUCCUUAUACCAUAUUUCCUAUUAAAAAUAUAUUAAUAUAUCAUACAAACUCAAUAUACCACCCAGCCUUAACGCAAGGUUCAUGCUAUUCAGAUGGAUCCUUCCUAUUCCAGUUGGCUUCUUUGGUCAGAAGAAGGUACAAUUUAAACAAUUCAAAUGUGCUUCUCAGACAUGUUUUUCUCCUCAGACCACAUGUAGUGACUGUGCAGUGGUUGCUGGAGUUCUCCCGUGGUUCCUUGCUCCCAGAGGAUGACUACUUUCACCCCUCUUUCCUGCCCCCUGCCCCAGCCGCUGUUGAUAUGCCUGCUCCUCACAAAGCCGCCCCCCCCCCCCCCCGUGCAUCCAGACCAUCUGUAGCUCCCCCUCCUGCCCCUAGUCCAAGCCGACAAGCCAGAGCAGAGGAAGACCUGCUAUCGCAAUACAUGGAGAAUGACCAGACUGUGGUGGAGCUACCUCAGCCCAGUACCAACAAUAGGCAGAGCAUUUUGCUUCCAGAGCCUCCACCUGCAGGGAAGGACUCCACCUUGUGUUGAACCUCAGAGGGUGGCCUGUUUGCAGGGAAGCGCUUUAUCUUGGUUGGCUUUGGAGCCGAUACUGAAGCCCAGCUCUCAGAGCUAGUCAUGGAAAACUCUGGGAAGAUCUUGGUCGGCCGUUCGAGAGCUGUGGGGCAUUAUGCCAUUGUGCCACUGCUGGGCUGUGAUGUGGAGGCCACAGUAGAUGAGGUUGCAACAGAUACCUGGCUGGUCAUGUGUGUGGAGCAGCAGUGCGUUGGUUGCCGCUUAGCCUCUCAUCCUCUUUUCACUCCAGUAGCAGUGAGAGAAUCCUUCUCUCCUCUCAAAGACUGUGUGCUGUCUGUCAGUCAGUUCACUGGAGCUGAGAGAGAUGCUCUCAUUCAGCUUGCCAAACACCUGGGAGCGAUGGUUCAGGAUUAUUUUGUGCGGACUGCUAAUCAGAAAAAGGGAAUGUUGGCCAGCACUCAUUUGGUACUCCAGACUCCUGAGGGCACUAAAUACCAGGCGGCACAGAAAUGGGGGCUAGCUGCAGUCACAAUCCGCUGGGUUUUAGAGUCUGCCAGAACAGGGAAGCGUGCUGAUGAGGGACAAUACCUGGUUGACCUGCCUCCUCUCCAGAGAACUGAGGACAGUUUUGUUGGAGCAUCUCAGAAAGAUCCACCACCUCUGCGUCUCCAUCAGCGUUCACCAGAGCUACCACUACUGGGCCCACAAAAUAGUGCUGCCAUCACCCCUCUGGACAUGGCUCGCUUUCAGAGCCGCACUGUCCGCUCAGUGGUCAGGAGGUUGAGAGAGGGAGAGGAGGAACAGGCGGAUGUGGCCACCCCAGGACAGGAGGUGGCUAAAGGAGCCUUGCAGAAAGACUCUUCCCUCCAUCUAGACACUCCCUCUCGAUUCCUGAGCAGAGACAGACUUCUUCGCCCCUCAUUUAACACAAAGGAUGUGUUUGACAAUUUACAGACUCCUGGUAAUAAGCCUCAAGGUCAGGGGUCAGAGACUCCUCUUUCAGAGGUCAUUGAGAAGAACCUUAAAGCUGCAGUUGCCAACAGCAACCGAAGCCAUGUUACAAGCCUUGCAUCCAUGACUGCCAGUCCACAACUGGGAGAAAAUCCUGAACCUGAGGUGGAGCAGAAGGCUGCAGCUCCUCUCAGUGGGGUGGUGGUGUGUGUAAGCAAGAAAUUAAGCAAGAAACAGAGUGAACUCAAUGCAGUGGCCGCCUCUCUUGGCGCAGACUUCAGGUGGUCGUGUGACGACUCUGUCACUCAUUACAUCUACCAGGGUAAAGUGGGAGACAACAGUAAAGAAUAUAAAGCUGUCAAAGAGAGAGGACUGCAUAUAGUGUCACAACACUGGCUACAGGCUUGUGCAGAUGAUCAAAAGCAUGUGUCUGAGUCACUCUACCCUUUUACAUUCAAUCCCAAAAUGAGCCUCACCAUGAGUCAGGUGGCAGAUACCACUCAGAGGUCACCUCCUCCUUCCACUCCCCGCACCAGACUCAGGGCUUGUGCAGAGAAUGAGGAGACAAGGAUGCGGGGAUGUCACGUUCAAAUGCGCUUUGGACCUGAAUACAGAGCCGUCCCAGAUGGCCCUGGAGAGCCCUCUCUCAGCACUCUGAAACCCUCGCCCAUCGUCCCCACCCACCCCCGCCCCUCUCGGACCCACACAGCCAGUGGCAGGGUCUCCAUGACUGACUCUGAACUUGUGGAAAUGGCUGCUUUUGAAGUCAUCGAUGCACAACUGAAGCCAAAGGUGACCCCGCCUCCAGUUGACACGCUUCAGAGCCCUGAAACACCUGAAGCACCUACUCUUGCUUUUCCUUUCCCCACCUCUAAACCUGCAGUCCCUUCCCUUCCACAGAUCUCUCCGAAGCAGGUUGAAGAUAAGGAGGAGGUGAAGGAUCCUCCACGUUUCCUGCUGUCUUCAUUAAACCCACAGGAACGCAUAGACUACAGUCAUCUUAUAGAGGAGCUAGGUGGUGUAGUGCUGGAGAAGCAGAGUUUCGACCCCAGCUGCACUCAUGUUGUUGUUGGUAAUCCUCUGAGGAAUGAGAAGUACCUGGCCGCUAUGGCAGCGGGGAAGUGGAUUCUUCACCGCUCGUAUCUGGAGGCCUGCCGUGCAGAAGGACACUUCCUAGAGGUAUAUGUCUGAAUUUGGGAUUGGGGCAGCAGCUCUAUCCUGGACGCUCUGCCAUCCAUCAACUAUCAGCAGAAGAGACUGGCACUGGCAGCCAUGCGAUGGAGGAAAACACUACAAGGCUGCUCAAACAAGGAGGUACCACCUGACGCUGUUGAUGUGCAGGGAGCGUUUGGUGGCUGGACUGUGAUGCUGAAUAUUGACCAGGCCAGAGAGGCUGGAUUCAGACGGCUGCUGGAGUCCGGGGGAGCCAAGGUGUUGCCAGACCCUUCUCCCUUGCUGUUUAAAGAGACCACUCACCUGUUUGUGGAUUUUAGUCGGUUAAAACCGAGUGACGUCAGAGUGGAUGUCAGUGAAGCUGCAGCUCAGGGAGUCAAAUGUCUUAAACCAGAGUACAUUGCUGAUUACCUCAUGCAGGAACCUACUCCUUCAAUGGACGCUUACUAUCUUCCUGGUGCAGCUGUGGAUGAUCUAGAAAAGGUUGAAGAUACAUCUUCACGCAAACUGAAAGCCUCUGGGAACAUGUCCACACUGAAGAAGAGUCGUGUGAGAUGAAAUGUACAAUAUCAAAUGCUAAUGCAAUAUGUAUUUAUGUGAUUUUAUUCAAUUGUUACAUUGUAGAUAAAAAAAAAGUCUUGUCAAUAAAAAAAAUUAAAUAAUCAAUUCAUAAUGUGAAACCUAUUGAAUA